AUGUCACAAACCAUCGACCACAACAAGCGUAAUUACAUCGAAGACGACAUUAAGACUAUCUUGAACGUACGGAUCUUCAUUGAGCCUGACCGAGUUGACGAAUGGAUUGAGAAAUCCAAGGAGCUUUUUCAGAAGGUGAUGGCCGAACCUGCCUGUCGAUAUUUCGUCACAGGCCAAGUCGACGACAAGCCCGGUGAGCUGUGGUGGACAGAAGGCUGGUCUGAGUCCAAGGAGUGGUUGAUGCAGAAUCAAAUCACGAAAGACUACUAUGCACCGUACUAUGAGGCGACAGAGGCCAUGUUCAUCAAGCCCCGUAAGCCUCUCCCAUAUUCACCACACCCCCACGACAGAGAGACGAAGAGCUCCUCCGAGCAAGCUGAGGAUAUCACCCACACUUCUACGAACAAUUUCGCUGACUUAUCCUGUCCUCUGCUGUCAAAAGGCGAAUUCGAACUCGUGUCAACGCUCAAGCCCAAGUUUAGCAUGUUCAAGAUGCCGCAGACAACAUCGCAGUAG